AUGUCGGGCUCGUCGCUUCACGUCAGCUGGCCCGAUUGGUCUCUCUUCAAGUUUCCGCCAGCAUCGUAUCCUCCAGCUCUACCGCCGCCAUCCGACGAAGCCACCUUCAAGAGCCCAUUCCCAAUCAACGAGAAGCUCUACAAUGACCUGCUCUCACCUUACGUCCCUCUCACGAUAGCGACCGUCUACGCGACAACAGUGACCCUCCUCAACGCGUACAAUCGCAGGCGCGGCAACAAGCCAUGGGCCAUCAGCAAGACGCGUCCGUUCUACGCGUUCGUCAUCCUCCACAAUGUCUUCCUCGCCUUGUACUCUGCGGUCACGUUUAUCGCCAUGAUCCGGGCCAUGAAACACACCCUCCCCGGCCGACACGACGCGCACAGCAUAGUAGACGUAGUCGACUCUCUCUGCAAGAUGCAUGGGCCGCGAGGGCUUGGUGACGCGGCAGACUACGAUCCGAGAUCCAACUCGUGGGGAAUCAAGAACAAGCUCAUCCAUCUCGGCCAGCUCGGCACUCCUGAUCCUACCGACGUUGGCAGGCUUUGGAACGAGGGUCUCGCGUUCUGGGGCUGGUUCUUCUACCUCUCCAAGUUCUACGAGGUUCUGGAUACCGCCAUUAUCAUCGCGAAGGGCAAGCGCAGCUCCACGCUGCAGACGUACCAUCACGCUGGAGCUAUGUUGUGCAUGUGGGCCGGUAUCCGCUACAUGUCUCCGCCAAUCUGGAUGUUUGUGUGCAUCAAUUCUGGAAUCCAUGCUUUAAUGUACACCUACUACACGCUGUCCGCCCUCGGCGUCCGCGUUCCCCAGAGGAUUAAGCGCGCACUUACCACUAUGCAAAUCGCGCAAUUCGUCAUCGGUACUCUGUUCGCCGCUAGCCAUCUGUUCGUCUCGUACACCGUCCCUAUCUCCACGCCGUAUACCGUCGUGACCAAGGUGCGAGAACUGGUUACGUCGAUCGCGUCUGCUGCCUCCUCCGCUGUCAGCGACGUCGCGCAUGCUACAGCAUCGGCGGGUGUCGCGGGACUCCUGAAGAAGAUCGCCCUUCGCGCAGCCGGCGAAGAAGGCUUGGCAGAGAACGUCCGCAACAGCCAGGGACAGGUCUUUGGAGCCGAUGCUGAACGAUACAUUGACACUGAGAGACACGACACCAGGUAUCGCAACGAGUACCAGCGCGUCGACUGCAUCAACACUUCUGGCCAGGCUUUCGCGAUCUGGCUGAACCUCAUCUACUUGCUUCCGCUUACCGUCCUCUUCGUUCGCUUCUUCAUCCGCUCCUACACCCGUCGCGGCUCGGCCUCAGCCAAGCAUCCAACCCUUCGUCGCCGCCUAUCCAAAUCCGCUAGGGAUGCGGCCCACGGCGUCGACCGCGAGAUUGAAACAUUGGGCGAGAGCAUAGAGGACCAGAUCUCGAUCGAGAAACUCACCGAAAAAGCCAAGGAGACCAAAGCCAAUGGCGAAGCCAAGGCGCGACGGGUGAGCGGGGCCGUCAAGGAGAAGCUCCACGUGUUCGAGGAGAAGAGUCCGAGCGUGAAAGAUGCGAAGGAGGCGGUGAAGAGGAGGAGCCAGCAGGCUUUGAAGAACGGCGAGGCCGCGGCGGAGAAGGCAAAAGGCUAUGCGGGGAAGGGAUAUGAGAAGGCGAGGGAAGUUGGAGGGCAGGCGGCGGAGAGGGUGCAAGAGGUCGCUGGGCAGGCGGCGGGAGCUGUGCGCGAGAGAGCACCGCAGGCGAAGGAGCAGUUGCAGAAGAGUGCGGAGACUGUUAGAGAUAAGGCGGGCGAAGCUGCGGGAGUGGCUAGAGACAAGGCCGGCGAUGCUGCAGGAGCGGCCAAGAACAAGCUUGACGAAGCGGCGGAGGCAGCAAGAGAAAAAGCGCCAGAGGUAAAGGAAAGGGCCAGUGAGGCCGCUGGGAAGGCCAAGGACAAAGCCAAUGAGACGAUGGAGGCAGCACAAGAGAAGUAUCCAGAGGUCAGGGAUAAGGCGAAGGAGGCCGCAGGAACAGCGAAAGAGAAGGUGGACGACACGGUGAAAGCGGCACAGGAGAAGGCGCCGCAAGUGAAGGAAGAGGCUCAGAAAGCUGCCGGAGAUGUCAAGGAGAAGGCGCAAGACACAAAACAGAACGUCAAGCAAAAGGGUUCUGAAGCGAAGGAGGACGCUGAGCAGAAAGCAGGGCAGGUGAAGGAAGACGCUAAGCAGAAAGCUGGAGAGGCGAAGGAGACGGCUGAGGAGAAGGGUCAGGAAGCGAAGGACUCUGCUUCAAAGAAGACGCAAGAGGCUAAAGAUAAGGCGGACGAGAAGGCGGACGAAGCCGCUCAGGAGUCAACGCAAGACACCGAGGGGGCAGACACGGAAGACAAACAGGAGUCACAAGACUCGCCUCGCCCCAAGGACUCGCCAGAGCUAUCAGGAUCCUGGUCCGUCUAUCGCAGUUCCCCUGGUAAGGGCCGAGACGGCGAAGACGAUCAAGGAGCACGCCCUUCGACCGGCGAUAGCCAGGACUCACAGCAGGACUCUGUUACCAGCGAUGAGCAGGGCAGGGGCAACAAAGACAAGGAGAACCAAGAACCGGAGGGUCUCAGCACCGAUGAUCCUCGCGAGAUGGGUUUGUCGUAUGCGAGCAUGAUGAAGAAGCCUGAUGGGGCUGGCCACCCAAAUGCGAAGUAA